AUGAGCUCUAUUGAUGAGAAGCCUCUUUCAUGGUUCAUCAGACUGAUUCAUGAUACUUGCAUUCAUUUGAAUAAAUCUAUGUUGCUCCUCUGCUUAUUCCACUCUAAUUCUACAAUGGGCUCUAUUGAUGAAAAGCCUCUUUCAUGGUUCAUCAGACUGAUUCAUGAUACUUGCAUUCAUUUGAAUAAAUCUAUGUUCCACCUCUGCUUAUUCCACUCUAAUUCUACAAUGAGCUCUAUUGAUGAGAAGCCUCUUUCAUGGUUCAUCAGACUGAUUCAUGAUACUUGCAUUCAUUUGAAUAAAUCUAUGUUGCUCCUCUGCUUAUUCCACUCUAAUUCUACAAUGAGCUCUAUUGAUGAGAAGCCUCUUUCAUGGUUCAUCAGACUGAUUCAUGAUACUUGCAUUCAUUUGAAUAAAUCUAUGUUGCUCCUCUGCUUAUUCCACUCUAAUUCUACAAUGAGCUCUAUUGAUGAGAAGCCUCUUUCAUGGUUCAUCAGACUGAUUCAUGAUACUUGCAUUCAUUUGAAUAAAUCUAUGUUGCUCCUCUGCUUAUUCCACUCUAAUUCUACAAUGAGCUCUAUUGAUGAGAAGCCUCUUUCAUGGUUCAUCAGACUGAUUCAUGAUACUUGCAUUCAUUUGAAUAAAUCUAUGUUCCUCCUCUGCUUAUUCCACUCUAAUUCUACAAUGAGCUCUAUUGAUGAGAAGCCUCUUUCAUGGUUCAUCAGACUGAUUCAUGAUACUUGCAUUCAUUUGAAUAAAUCUAUGUUGCUCCUCUGCUUAUUCCACUCUAAUUCUACAAUGAGCUCUAUUGAUGAGAAGCCUCUUUCAUGGUUCAUCAGACUGAUUCAUGAUACUUGCAUUCAUUUGAAUAAAUCUAUGUUGCUCCUCUGCUUAUUCCACUCUAAUUCUACAAUGAGCUCUAUUGAUGAGAAGCCUCUUUCAUGGUUCAUCAGACUGAUUCAUGAUACUUGCAUUCAUUUGAAUAAAUCUAUGUUGCUCCUCUCUGCUUAUUCCACUCUAAUUCUACAAUGA